CCAGUCGCAGGCGUCCACGACGUUGAUAUAAGCGCAGUCGUCCUUCGCUAAAGACUAGCAACGAUGUCGUCCCUCCUGCAAGCCAUCACCCACUCCUUUCCUCCUUGGCUCUCUAACCUCGGCGUCUCCAUCCUAGGCCAGGAAUGCUACACCAUCACAGUCUAUGAUGCCGAUCUCACUCACACGCCCUGCCUACGACUCGCAAUCUCCAAGGCCCUAGGUCUCGGCAUCGUCAUCUUUGGCUCCCUGUUGAAACUGCCGCAGAUGUACAAGAUCGUCAGCGCCAAGAGCACAAAGGGCAUCAGCUUGGCAAUGUACGCCAUGGAGUGUUGGGCCUUUGUCGUGUCUUUGGUCUAUGCGUACAGGGGCAAGCUGCCUUUCAGUACUUAUGGGGAGAAUGCAAGCUUGACUGUGCAGAACUUCAUCAUCACCCUCCUGAUCAUCAACUACGCCCCCUCACGACGCUCUCACCAACCCUACGCUGGUCCACCUAAUCGCACUCUCCCCCUCCUCCUCACCUCGAUUACCAUGCUCCUCACAACCUCCUUCCUCCUCUCCCCUUCGCUCUGCCCACCCUCGCUCCUCUCCCUUCUGCAAGCUACGACAAUCCCCGUCUCCCUCGUCAGCAAGCUCCCGCAAAUGGCUCAGCUACACCGCGAUAAGGCUGUGGGCAACCUCAGUGCGCUCGUCGUCUUCGCCCAGCUAGCCGGUACCAUCGCGAGGGUGUUUACGACGAUGACGGAGACGGAUGAUAUGCUACUGCUGGCUGGAUUUGGGGGAGCGACGCUCUUCAACGGCAUCAUCGCCGCGCAGUAUGUCAUGUACUGGAAUGGAGAUGAGAGGAGCACCUUCAGCAGCGGCUUGAUUGAUGAGAAGAGGUACGCGGGAUCCAGCAGUGUCAAGAGGGAUUGACGGCGACGGCGAGGAGCGCGUGAUACUUGCAUCGAGAGAAUGUUGCUGUCCAGACAGCCAGUUGGACGCAGAGGAAAGAAGAGAGGGUAGUGCAGAGACAAGAAAAAGUCGGACAGCAUCUUCGCAGAGCUGUGUCGAGAUGGUCAUAAAUUAUCAGAAUGAAUCUACUGACAUGAGAGGUCGGAAGA